AUGAUGAUCAGAAAGAACAACGCGCAGGCUGACCCGCGGGUGCUGUGUGUCGAUGCCUCUGAGUCUGAUCGAGAGCGCAUGAGCACGUGGCAACUUGCAAUCAUUCUCGGCUGUGUUGGAAUAGGACUCUUUCUUUCCCUGAUGGAUGCUACUGUCGUAGCGACCAUGUUGCUGGACAUUACCAGUGACCUCGGGGGCUUUCAGAAAUCACAAUGGGUCGUGCUGUCUUAUACACUACUUGACGGCGGAUUGGCCGUCUUCUUGGCCAGGUUGUCUGACAUUGUAGGCCGAAAAGUUGUCAUCUGUGCGUCCUUGGCUAUUUUUCUCGCGGGCUCCAUGGCCUGUGGCGCAUCGCGAACGCUGAAUCAGCUUAUCGGGUUUCGCGCUCUGCAAGGUGCUGGCGCCGCUGGCCUCUAUGCAACUUCGCUCGUUGUCUACUUGGAGAUGGCACCGCCGCGACACAUCAUACUCAUGUUUGCGGUCGUUGGCGGUAUUGUUGCCCUGGCAGGAGUGGCAGGGCCAAUCGUUGGAGGCCUGCUUGCUACCCACGUGAACUGGCGUUUUGCCUUUUGGAUAAACGGCCCAUGUGCCUUUGUCGCCCUCCUGUUGCUGAUGCUACUUUGGCGGGAGAACGAUGCCCAUAAGAGUCCCCGGGCGAAUUUGAGUAUUUGCAAUCUGGACUUCAUAGGUGCUAUUCUGAUUUUAGCCGGUGUUACUUUGCCCAUUUUCAUCGCUAGCCAGGCCUCGGCUGGGGUGUAUGCAUGGUCCAGUCCCACCACCAUCUCCGUUCUCGUCGUCUCAGUGGUGAUGUGGAUUUGCCUCAUCGCAUGGCAGCGGUACAUAUCUAAAACUCCUCGCUUCGCCAAUAUGUUCCCGCAACUUCCUUGGGAGGUUCUUUCCAAUAGAAUUCUGUUGGCUGCUCUAAUCGACACUAUACUUGCGAGCCAUGUCCUAUUUGUGGCCAUUUUUCAUAUUCCAAUCCGUGCUCAAAUAACAGAGCUCUACGACGCCGUUCAAUCUGGCCUUUUGCUAUUGCCGCUCCUUGGCAGCAGCGCAGUGGGGGCAGCAAGUGCUGGAAUCAUCUCUCACAGAAAGAACUUCACGUUUUGGGUCAUGGGUAUGUCAAGUAUCCUCAUGAUAGUUGCGUCUGUUUUGCUUUCCCAGCUCCCGGAGUCCACUUCUUCUCUACCAGCGCAGAGGGGCUAUCUGGCCAUACUAGGGCUGGGCGCAGGUAUGAAUAUAGCCACAACGACGCUGCUGGCCGCCUUGCACUCGGAAAUUGAAAACCACGCGGUUGCCCAAGGCAUCAUUGCGCAGAUGAGGAUCGCUGGGGGAACUAUUGGGGUGGCAAUUAGCUUCAUCGUGCUCCAUGUUCGAGUGACGCACGAGUUGCAGGGCGAUUUUACUCCCGCGCAGCUGCGAGACUUCUACCAGUCGCCUCUCUCUACCAGUUCAUUUACCGUCUCCCAGUUACUUCUUGCACGACGCGCAUAUAUCGCUGCCUUCACCGAUAUCAUGCGGGUGUCGAUCGGCAUAUCUGGAGCCUGCUUUCUAGCAUCGCUCUUUGUGUGGCAGAAGCAGCCGGCUAGUAUACAGAAAAAGCUAGAAGACAUGGAGGCGUACUUUGGAACAAGAUGA